CAACCUUUUCACACUAAACAGUGAACACACACACUAGCUAAUCUCUUUUACUCGUCCUCCAAAGAAAACACCAUCCAAGCAUUACAGCUCAAACAAACUCCAUAUCUAAAAAGCUCCCACUAGAAAAAAGGCUCUGCCUUUACGUUAAAAAUCAUGUCUUUUGAUUCUUGAAAUUACUUCCUCAACAAAAACAUAAAAAUCCUAAGAAAAAAAAAAAGAAAAAAGAAAAUGCAGGGGUCACCAGAUGGCUCAAAUCCCCUGUUUACUUCCUAAUUCUUGCCGGCCUAACAUGCUGCAGCAACUAUUUAACAACUCCGGCGGCCGGAAAUAAAAAGCUGAGGGCAUUAAUGGAGAUCAAGUCAUCUUUGGAUACGGCGAACAAGUGCCUGUCCUCGUGGGCCGCUUCCGGCGAGCCGUGCAGCGACUCGUUUGUUGGGGUUGCUUGCAACGAGCACCGAAAAGUGGCCAACAUCUCUCUGCAGGGGAAGGGGCUUGCCGGAAAGUUGACUCCGGCAGUGGCUGAGCUCAAGUGCCUGUCGGGCCUUUACUUGCAUUACAAUUCUCUUCAGGGAGAGAUUCCGGUGGAGAUUUCGAAUCUGACAGAGUUAACCGAUCUUUAUCUCAAUUUCAAUAACUUGACUGGGGCUAUACCACCUGAGAUUGGAAAAAUGGCUAGUCUUCAAGUGCUGCAGCUGAGUUACAACCAAUUAACAGGGAACAUGCCUACACAAAUGGGAUCCUUAAAAAACCUGAACUUUCUUGCAUUGGAAAGCAAUAGGCUAACAGGGCAAAUCCCUUCAGGCUUAGGAAAUUUGAGGUCCUUGAAAAGCUUGCACUUGGGCUCCAAUCAACUCUCAGGCCAAAUUCCUUACACACUGGCCAAUAACACCUCACUUGAACUCCUUGAUGUCAAAAACAAAAAACUUUCUGGACUCAUCCCUCCUGUUCGAAACAACUCGGGCUUAUGUGGGCCCGGCUUCCCCGUGCUCAGAGCCUACAACUCGCUCGACAGCAACCUCGACCUCAACCUGAACUCCUUCCCAUCUGGCCACACGGGCAAUCCCAAUCCUCAAUCGGCUGCCUUCGCCAUAGUCUGCAACGAGACCAUCUGUUCGGAGACCCCAUCAAAGCUUCCCAAGAUCGGGCUCGUCUCGGGCCUAAUCGCCACCUCGUUCAGGCUGGCGGUGGCCGCUGCCGUCGCUUUUUUCCGGCACCGCCACCAGAAACAGAAGGUCGGGGACAAAUCCGACACGUCCAAUGGGAACCAGCUCAGUAGCGUGGGCCCAACUUCACUCGAUCGCUGCCGGAGCGUGUGGGGCCCACACAGAAGAGACUCGUUCAACCUCGAGGAGGUCGAGUCGGCCACGCAGCACUUCUCGGAGGCGAACCUUUUAGGGAAGAGUAAAUUCUGUCGAGUCUAUAAGGGGGUUCUGAAGGAUGGGUUGAUUAUGGCUAUUAAGUGUAUUGGGAAGACGAGUUGCAAGUCGGAGGAGGAAGAGUUCUUGAGAGGGCUCAGCUUGCUGAAUUCGCUCGAGCACGAGAAUCUGGUGGAGCUCAAAGGGUUCUGUCGGUCCAAGGCUCGAGGGGAGUGCUUCUUGAUUUACAAUUUUGCCCCUGGAGGUAAUUUGUCGAGCUAUCUCGACCGGGAUGAGGUUGUUGUGCUUGAUUGGAAGACUAGGGUUUCUAUCAUCCAUGGCAUUGCUAAAGGUUGGUGUUUGUUUUGA